ACCAAGUGCCCGUCAGCUCUGUGACACACACCGACGACGCAGAGCAGACACACACGCGGCCAGGUAGGUGGCAGAUCGAGAGAUGGUCCGUGUCAGGACGACCAGUGCUCCUCUACUCGCUGCAGCAGUACUAGCGGCGGUGGCGGUGGCGGUGGCCUGCUCGCUGGGGUCUGGGGCUUAUGCGGCGGCAGAGCAUGAGGCCGCCGGCGCUGGCGUGGACGACUUGUGGUUGAGGCAGCCUCCGAUUACGCGCGGCCUGUCCUUCGACUUCUACAAACGGAGCUGCCCCAGGGCCGAGUCCAUCGUGCGCCACUUCGUCCGGGACGCCGUGCGCAAGGACGUCGGCCUCGCCGCCGGCAUCCUCCGCCUCCACUUCCACGACUGCUUCGUCCAGGGCUGCGACGCGUCGGUGCUCCUGCACGGGUCGGCGACGGGGCCGGGGGAGCAGCAGGCGCCGCCCAACCUCACGCUCCGCCCGUCGGCCUUCAAGGCCAUCAACGACAUCCGCGACCGGCUCGAACGCGAGUGCCGCGGCGCCGUGGUCUCCUGCUCCGACAUCCUGGCGCUCGCCGCGCGCGACUCCGUGGUGGCCUCCGGCGGUCCCGAGUACCGCGUGCCCCUCGGCCGCCGCGACAGCCUCCGGUUCGCCACGCAGCAGGACGUGCUGUCCGGCCUCCCGGCGCCAACCUCCACCGUGCCGUCCCUCCUCAACGUGCUCGGCCGGCUCGGCCUCGACGCCACCGACCUCGUCGCGCUCUCCGGCGGGCACACCGUGGGGCUCGCGCACUGCACCUCCUUCGAGGGCCGUCUCUUCCCGCGCCCCGACCCGACCAUGAGCCGGGACUUCCUCGGCAGGCUGAAGCGGACGUGCCCGGCCAAGGGCACGGACCGCCGCACACCGCUGGACGUGCGCACGCCCGACGUGUUCGACAACAAGUACUACGUGAACCUGGUGAACCGGGAGGGGCUCUUCGUGUCCGACCAGGACCUCUUCACCAACGCCAACACCCGGCCCAUCGUCGAGCGCUUCGCACGUAGCCAGCGGAACUUCUUCAGCCAGUUCGGCGUGUCCAUGGUGAAGAUGGGCCAGAUCAAGGUGCUCACCGGCGGCCAGGGCCAGGUCCGCCGCAACUGCUCCGCCCGCAACGCCGACGGCCUCGAGUGGCCGUCCCUGGUGCAGACCGUCGUGGACGCCGCUGCGGAGAGCCUAGUAAUAGUGGAGUAGCAGCUGUUAAUCAUGUGGAAAUAAACUAGUGUGCGAUGUCCGAGGCAAGGCAUGAUGAUGAAUCUACAGUAGACUAGCAGCUGUUUUUCAGGAACGGGCCCAUUUCCAGUUGGGCAAAUCACUAUGUUAUCCGAGUAGCCGAAAUCAACCGGCAAAUCGCUGCGCAGAUUAGCACCAUACCGAAAGUUUAAUUAGAGCGUGACCAGUUUAUCAGA